AAAUGGCGGCGGGCGGGCUCGGCGGUUCUCCCUGAGGCGCGGCCCCGCCAUGGAGCGGCCUACGAGGCCCCAGCCGCGGCUGCUCCGCACCUACGCGCGCCGGGGCGCCUCCCUCUACCGGCUGCCGCGCCCGGCGCCCUGGCUGUCGCCGCCUCUGGACUGCAAGCGGCUCUUCAGCUCCAGCUCCGCCUCCGUGGGCUCGACUUCCACCGCCUCGUCCCCCGGCUCCGAGGACCCCGACUUCCAGCCCCGCGGCCGCCGCGCGCCGCCCCCGCCCCGCAGUCCCGGCCGCCUGAGGCGGCGGCGGCGAGGCGGCCGCGAGGAGCCCAAGGAGAACCGGGCCCCCGCCGGGCCGGGCCCGCAGAGCGGUGGCUGCGCCCUGCCCGCCAGCCCGCUGCCGAGACACGUCACCCGCCGGCGGGCGCUCCGGUCCCCGGGGCGCAGGGCGGGGCUGCGGGCGCGGCCCCCCCUGCUCUGCAGCACCCCGCAGCAGGCGCCGCCCGGGGCGGAGAGCGGGCCCCUCCCCGAGGAGGAGAGCAUCCUGGGGGGCUGCCAGGAGAACGGGCCCCCCGAUCCCGGGAGGGCGGCCUCGGGCCGGGCCCCCCGGAACAUCCUGGCCGAGCUGAGCUCGAUGGCGCCGGGGAGCAGCGUCACGGAGCCCGCGGCAGGGCUGGCGGGCAGCAUGGAGCUCUUCUCCCCGCCGCUGUCCGGGGGCAGCGGCCGGGUCUCUCGUGGCCACCAGCAUCCCACCGCCAGUUCAGGCAGCCCCCCGGAGGGAGACUGGCGUGGCCGGAGCCAGCUGGCGUGCACCGCAUCUCCCCACGGUGCCCGGAGCCAUGCUACUUGUAGGAUAUCUGGGAGCCAGUAUGUCCUCUUACCCUGUGCUGCUUGGAGUCAGCCUGAGGCAGCCCAGGGAGACUCGAUCCAGCUUGUUCCCUCAACACUUCCAGGUAUCCACAGACAGUCUGUCCCUACUCUGGGCCAGCCUGUGUCACCCCAUCAUAAAACUGUGAGUAAAGAUCACGUCCAGAGACUGACCUCACAAAAGGCAGAGCGGGCUCAGAGGACUACACAGGGACCUUGCCAGCUAGAAACUAGUCUGGGCCUGCAGAAAAGUGUUAACCAUUCUGGGGCUGCACUGCCCAUUACUGGGAAGCCCCAUGUCCUGGUACAAGAUAAUACCAGUCCUGAUGAGCCACAUGAUUUGAGAGGAUGCUGUCAGGAAAGGAGCUGGAACCUUAGCACAGACAAAAACAGACACCAACUUCAGCCCGUGGUGGUCUUGAGCUCUCAAGUGGUACCAACCUGGUUGGCUAACAGGAAGAUCAAUAAUAAGUUGGCUGCUUGGCCCUCCUGGAGGGAAAAUGAUUGUCAGCAGCCAGUUUCCCCUUCUACCCUGUCUGUAAUCUCAGUAAAGAAGUCCAGAAGUAGCAAGGCCGUUCCCAGAGAUGGUGAUGGAGGCACCAGUAGAAAGGCCUGUAUCAGUGGGUUCAGCUCCAGUCGAUGGGGGAAACAGGCAAGGCGUCGCCCUUUCAGACACAAGAAUUCAAAAACUCCAUGGCAGCAGGCUGAGGGCUCCUUCUUUCAAGAACAAAUGAGGCAAAGAGGAAUAGAGAAAAAUGCCCUGGAGAUGUCAUCUUUUCUGUGUGACUUUUCUUGCCUCAAUGACUCCCAGUGGUGGGCCAGGGCUCGAGCAUCUCUCUCUCUUCACAAGAAAAAGAAAGUUUCCAUUGAGGAAAGUGCUUGUGACAGCAUCCCUUGUACGCCUUCCUCCAAAUCUCAGCUUGCAGGGUACAGUAAGUCCCCGUUCAUUCAAAGUGUGGGCUACUGUAACUGGCCCACUUCCUCCGUGCUCCUGCUGACUCCCAUGAAGUCCCAUUCUGUUCUGGAGGUGACGCUUACAGACGCAGAAAAGGUGUAUGGGGAAUGCCAGCAGGUGGAUCCUAUCUCCUUUGAGGAAUGUAUUCCCCCAGAUAAGAUGAAGAACUGUUUGAAGAUUGGAGAAGGAGUAUUUGGGGAGGUGUUCCAAACAAACAGUGAGAGAGGAGCUGUGGCUUUAAAAAUCAUUCCUGUUGAGGGGACUGAGAGGGUCAAUGGAGAAGCUCAGAAGAGCUUCAGUGAGAUCUUGCCAGAGAUUAUAAUUUCAAAGGAGCUCAGCCUUUUAUCCCAGGAGGUAGAGAACAGGACUGUAGGGUUCAUUGACUUGCACUCUGUGCACUGUGUCCAGGGAGCAUAUCCCAAGCAUCUUCUGAAAGCCUGGGACAAAUAUCACGAACUGAACAGAUCUGAAAAUGACCGGCCAGACCUGUUUGGAGAACAGCAGCUGUUCAUGGUCCUGGAAUUUGAAUUUGGAGGCAAUAACUUGGAGAAUAUGAGGAAGCAGCUAAAUUCAGUGGCAACAGCAAAAAGCCUGCUGCAUCAAGUUACUGCUUCCUUGGCUGUGGCAGAGGAGGGACUGCACUUUGAGCACAGAGACUUGCAUUGGGGGAAUAUUCUGGUGAAGAAAACCAACUUGAAAAAGCUCAGUUAUACUUUGAAUGGAGCAGUUUAUACAAUCCCCACGAAAGGAAUUCAUGUGAACAUCAUAGAUUACACCCUCUCUAGGAUGGAGAAAGAUGGGCUAACGGUCUUCUGUGAUAUUUCUACUGACAAAGAGCUGUUCCAAGGAAGAGGUGACUACCAGUUUGAUAUCUAUAGGCAGAUGAAAAAAGAGAAUUCCAACAACUGGGCUGAUUAUCACCCCCAUAGCAAUGUCCUGUGGCUGCACUAUUUGGCAGAUAAACUUCUGAAAGAGGUAAACUACAAGAAUAAGCCAUCAUCCUCCUCUGCCUUGAGAGGCAUACAGAAACAGCUCCGAAAAUUCCACAGCGAAGUUCUGAACUUUAGCUCUGCAAGUGAUGUUCUGCUCAAUAGCAGCCUUUUCCACUGAUCAAAAUGGACCUUGAAAUGAGAGAUCACAAAAUGGUGUCCUUGUACUGUCACUCCCUUUGCUGUAUUUUUGGCAUAUUUUAACAUUGGCACCUUUGGCAUGGUGCAGAUAGUAAAUGAUCUCUUAUGUCCAUGAGUUAAAUAAUUUUUAAGUGUUCAGCUAAAAUAUGUGAAGAUCCAUUGUUGCAAAAAAAAAUUUGAAACAUUUCACAGUUCAAAUGUUAAAAAAUGGUUCUUCUAUAUGUAAAGUCCUUAUUUUGAACUUUAAGCUCCUUUGCCACUUUUAAUCUUAGAUCAUUAAAACUGAUGACUUAAAUAAGCUGCAGUAAAAUCUAGCCUACUUUUCAUUUCUCACUAUGGAAAAUGAAGACCUGAUACAUUUGAGGCAUACCCUUAUUAUAAAAACUUUUCUUUAAAUUAGCACUUGUAUAGACCCAGCUUUAAACACAUGCUCUUAGAUUGGCAAACUUUCUGGAUUAGCAGAAUGAAUUUGACAGGUUACAAUAUGUAAACCCUGAAAUAGAAAAUUAGAGAAAAUACUCCUGGAUUCUGUAGGAAAGCCAUGCUUGAAUAUGUUUUAUCAGUAAGGCUAUGAUUUUGUCAGGGAUAUUUUUAGUAAAAGUGAUAGACCAGUCACGGACAAUAAACAAAAAAUUAUGGAAGCUGUGACCUGUCCCUGACUUUUACUAAAAAAUCCCUGACUAAAUGGUGGGGGAGGGUCCAGCACCCUGUCAUCACCCCCUGCAGUGGCUGAGAGCUGCAGGGACCCCAUUGCCCAGUGGCCCCUGUGGGAGGAUCCCCCCUUGCCACCCAUAAUGGCAGGGGAGCUGUGGGGGAGGCAUCCCCGCCUGCGGCCACUGACCAGCAUGGUACUUCUGUCAUUGCAGGGGGCGCUCCAACUGCUCAUGGCAGCAGAGCUGCUGGGCAGCUCGGGUCACCGUCAGUGGCGUCCCCUGCCACCCAUGGAGGCUGGGCUGCUGGUGGAUCCCCUGAUGCCUGCAGCAGCUGGUCAGCUGUGGGGGCCCUUGGAAGUCACAGAUUCUGCAACCUCCUUGUCAUAAUCUUAUCUUUAUUUAUCAGUAAGGGUCUAAACCUGCUCUCCUGAAAGUCUGUGGAAGAGGAAUUGCACAUUGAAAAAGUUAAAAUAAAUACCUGUGUUCCUUUUACAGUUUCCAUUCUUGUAAUAUUAUGACCUUGUAUGCUGAUAGGAACCAAAAUCUCUAAUUCAAUUUGAGCUCUAAAGCGGUUUUCCCCAUUGAUCUACAAAGGGAAAUGUGCAGGAUGAGAAAGUGUGAACUGUUGGCCCUAAAAAAAUCCAACUACAUCAAUGUUAUUAACUUUGUACCUACAUUAAACUGGAACUCUUUGUACUCAGAGUGUCCUUGACUAACAUUCACAUAUACUACUGGAGUUGGCCUGCAGACAAAAAGAUAAAUCAAACUAAAUGGAUCUUGCAUUGUUAUUGCUGCAAAUUAGUUCACACUAUAACUGAUGGAGACAGAUCCCUCAAAUAGAAGGGAAGGGAAGUUAUCACACAUCCAGUUUUAGUGAAAGUCAUGUUUAUCUACACUUAUUUUAAAGGGACAGCAUCUUGAAUCUAUUUAAAUAGUUUCAGGUAGUAAAGAUGCCCCUGAAUUUCCCUGCCAGUUUUUACUUACUAGACUAGGUGGUCUUACUAUCACAUUUUUCAGUUUCUCCCUUCCCUGUUGAUAUGUGAGACUCAUACAAAAUGGGAACCACCAACUAUCUAUAGUGUUGUUAAACACACAGAGUAAGAAAUCUUAGGCUCUAUCAAUUACGGUAAUCUUGUGAUUCUAGUAACAAUAGUUGGCUUUCUUAAACAAUAAGGUUAAUUAACCUUUUUAUAGAGGAACAGUAAUUCAUAAAUAACAAAUUAUACUAUAGUCUUAACAAGGUUCCCCUAAUUCACUUUACCUCCAAAACAGGUUUGUAAAUGUCAUAAUAAUAUCAAUAGCACUUGGCUGCUCUGUAAGACUUACCUGGUAAGAACUGCAGUGAAAGCAUAUCUGACAUCAAGUAUGUGUUCUUCAAUCAAAGCAGUGCUAUUUUCAUUUACACUAAAAAUAAAGGGUAAAAGACAACACAUUUAGUCAUCUACCUGUACUAUAUUUAAUUCUUUUCCCUGUCACUAAAGCUUCUAUAGUUUGACAUUUGCUGACAGUGACUUUAUACAAGGAGAAUGAAGAGAAUUAUUGCCACUGUACAGUCAAGAGCAGCUUUCACAGAGCUACUAGCGGUCUGAACUCCAUAAAUGUAAUAUGGUAGGAAUUCUGACCUUUUCUUUAGCAUUUUCUGUUUCCCCAUAUUUCAAAUACAAGUGUAGUAUAUGAGCAUACAGCAAUGCUCACGUCUAUCAUAGUUAAGGGUGCUCCCACAUGUGCAAGAAGCUUGCUGGCAUCAUAGAAACUCAUACAAAAACCUUUCCCUUCAACUAUGCUUGCAGUAGAGUUGAAAGGCAAAAAUUCCAGAUUUAGCUGCCUAAAGUUAGUCAAAUAAAAUCUUUAGUUUCCUAAAAUCAGUUUCCUGAUUUUCAAAGAUGCUGAGCACCUGCUCAUUCCUGUGGUCUUAUUUUUCACACUUAAGUCCAGCUGUUUAGGUGCUAAACCGUAGGUUGAGAUUCCUAUCUUGUUUGAAAAUGUUGACAAAUGGGUCAACUAUAAUUUUAUGCCCAUUACUUGGGUAUAAAUAUGGCCUCGGCUUUUUUUAUUUUUAAAGGCUUACUUCCCUUCCCCCCCAACCCCCUAGAAAUCAGUCACAGACUUCCCUUCUCCCCCACCCCCAGCAAAGGACUCUGAAAAUGCGCUUUCCCAGGCCCCAGUUAAGUGGGUUGAGGGAAUUAGUACCCACCACACCUUGCCUCCCCAAAAUGAAUUGGGCCUCAACAAAAAAUCCACUCGGCACAUAGCUGGGCCUGUGUUUUUGAAAAAAAUAUACACUAUACACUUUUCCCUACUGAUGAAGAAGGGGUACUAGGUGUCCUGCAGGAAAAAGAGGGAAAUCGGGACUCUGCUUAAGUAAUAAGUAAAUUUGGUGGCUUUCCCAUUCUCUAAUUUCCAAAGAGAAAAUAAAUUAUUAUCCUCAGCAGGUAGGGGAAUAGUUUGUACAUACAUGGACAUUUCUAAAAGAAGGGAGGAACGGAUGAGUAGGGUUUUCAUGGAACUGGCUUCCACAGGCUGAUUAAUGGAGAAGUAUUAAGGAAAUAGGAGGUGACUUAUGAUUUCUGUCUAUAAU